UAGGUGAUGACACUUCACCUCUGAGGGAACAAAAAGAAUCAUUAAAGCUCAAGAACUGUUUCUUGAAUGACCAAUAAGACUCUGCUGUGUUUUCUGGGUAUGUUUGUUAAAUUGUUGUUUUUUUCAGUGGGGUUCUGUUUGACCCUCUCUGAGUGUUUCCCUCCUCCUCCUCCUCCUCCUCCUCCUCCUCUUCUUCCCGUAGCUGCACUCUGUCGGAGAAUAUGACAUCUGUGAGAGUUGCAGGACAGGCCCUUCUUCAAUGCGGGUCAUUGUUCAGCACGUCAUCUGUCUUCUUUUCACGGCGCGCGGCCCUGAUUGCGCUCGAGGAGGAGUUUUGUGAGCGUGCGGGGAAACGUGAGGAGGACCCCUCAAACAAACGGCUCCAACUUAAGACUCCCAAACAGACCCCGGGACUGAGAACCUGCUCUCUGAUGACGACCACAUGAGACCCGAAGAAAUGCCAGAAGCUCGGGGCUCUCUGGAAACCUGCCAUGUGACAUUUGGCUGCCGUCGCUCCGUCAGAAGGUCAAAGGGGCCGCACCACGUUUCAUGGAGAUGCAGAGACACUGCACUGAAAACCUGCAGCACAUUCAGCACCACGACUUCUUCAGCGAGGCGUUGGAGGAUGUCGACGGGUUGGGGUGUGAUCGCCAGGCGGCUGCAGAGACGUUCGAGCGCUCGUUCACCCGGAGGUCCAAACAGCAAAAGUUCCCCACGAGCAAAAAGGUUUUCCCCUGGAUGAAAGAGUCCAGACACUCAGAUCAGAAACACGGCAGGAGAAUCUCAGACUGCACAGUCAACGAGAAGUGUCCGAGCGCGAGCCCGGCCUCCAAGAGGUCACGCACAGCGUACACGAGCGCGCAGCUGGUGGAGCUGGAGAAGGAGUUCCACUUCAGCCGCUACCUGUGCAGGCCGCGGCGCGUCGAGAUGGCCAGCCUGCUCAACCUGCAGGAGAGGCAGAUCAAGAUCUGGUUCCAGAACCGGAGGAUGAAGCAGAAGAAGGACGAGAGAGUGCAGGGCCUCAACACCACCACCACCACCUCCUCCUCCUCCCCACACUCCUCCCCCUCCGCCCCGGGCAGCCCCACUCUGUCGAGCCUGGGUUAUGUCCAUCUGGGCGGGGAUUACCAGCCGGCCUCCCCUCCGCUCAAGUCCCAACAGCACCAUCAGUCCCAGCCGGCGUACCCCGAAGAAUUCUCCAAAUACGCAGCUCCAGGCUUCACGCAGUUUCCCGCGCAGUACAACACGCACAGUAACUCCCACACCACAGACCCAAACGUGGAUGUAAGCGGGUCAUAUUUCACACAGAGCUGCACUCAGGACAGAAUCAUGCAGGCUCCAAAACUGACCCAUCUGUAGCGCUCAAGAGUCCUGCAAAAAAAAUGUACAUUUAAAUCACGAGCCAAGACUUCACCGACCUGCUGUGAUGCAUGCAUUCUUUUAUUUAUUUAUUUGACUAAUUAAUCCAAGUGUUAGUCUCAAGUCAUGGCUAUUUAUUUGCAUUUAUAUUUAUUCAUCUUUGCCUCCACUUGAACGCAUGGGCCUCCUCUCGUUUGCAGACACGUUAGAACACGUUUGAAUGUAGCCCCUGAUGUGUAUUUUCAAUUACAAUGUGAGCUGCUGUUUUUUCAGCUACAUAAAUAAAAACACAAUUUGUUGACACCAAGACUCUCCAGAGUAAAUACUCCUCAAAAAAGCCAAGAAAAAAAAAACGACUUUUAAGCAGCCAAAGAUUUGUAAAAAACGACCGAAUGUCAUUUUUUGUGAGUGUAAAAGCUCAAUUAGCAGCCAGAGUCUUUAACAGCACAUUAACUCUUCCUUAAUUACAGCCACCUUACGGGUGAGUGUGGACGUGAUAGGUUUAUGAAGAUGUUGCAUUAUAGUGUUGGUGUCGUUAACUCUCAAGCAUGAAACAAAAAAAAGGAGAGAGAGAGAGAGAGAGAGAGAGAGAGAGGGAGAGAAAAUCUAUAUGGUUCUUAAAUGUGUCUUUGUUCUGUUACGGGCAAAGUGGGCCACACAAGCUGUCAGUGCGUAAAGAGAGCGCAUGAUGGAUCACUGAAUCCACUGCGCUGCUUUUCAGAGUCUGCAGGAUUCAGGCUGAACAAAUGUUUUUUUUUGCAAUAGAGAAAUAGGCUACACCUUUUGCCAAAACUUAAAAUUCUGAUCUCCGUAAAGCGAGAUUAAAUAUUUUCACAUUUACUUCUCAAAUUAUUUUUUUUUCCCCACACUGGAAAUAAAAAUAAAUUAAUGCAAAACAGACUAAUUAAAUCCUAACUAGAACCUCUCACAGGCAACGAAUCUGAAAGGGUUAAUAUGUAGGGCUAGAUGAAUACAGACUUAAUUCAUUUAAAUUUAUUUCCAAAAGAUUUAGGACGCUGUGGAAAAUGUAAAGAAAAACCGGAAGUGAUGAUUUUGAAAAACGUGGAAACGUAAUAUUUAAUGAAUAAUCGGACAAAGACAAAAUGUUGAAACUGAUAAAUGUCAUUGUUCCUUU